AUUUGACUUUUUGAUUCUUCUUUGCAGACACUGGAUUGUCCGUCGAGGGCGAUUGUGAAAAAAAAAAUUUCGUACCUCCUCGGUGGAAGCUGCGGGCCAUAAAGCGAGUCACAACUAGUAGUCACAACAUGGAACGAAGUCUGGCCUUCGUUUCCCGUCAUGGUCCCAUACUUCCUGUUCAUUUUGACUCGCCAUGACCGAUCCUCCUCCACCCGAGACAGUGCUAUUUCACGGUGAAAUCAGAAAUACCUUUGCCCUUAUCAAUCUACUUAAAGCACUUCCAUUGAAAAAUAUUGCCACUUGCAAUUUCCUCAAUGAAGGUUUUACGGUAUCCGUGGAAGAAUCGCACUGCGUGAAAGCGAUUGCUUACUUUAAACGCCACAUGUUCCUAAAGUACGAACGCAAAGCAGACGUCGACAUUCCUCCCUUUGGUGUCAAGAUUGCAACGCUUUUCGAUAUAUUAAAUCUGGUGACGCCGAGAAACAACGAUGAUACUGUACCCUGUGUCAUGGAAUACAAUGGACCCGGAUCCUAUCUCGAAUUAUCUGAGGAACUCAGUGCAACAGAAGCAUUAGCUUCUUCUCAUCGAGCUACCAUGAAAUCUUCGUGGUUAAGAGAUGCUUUGAGCGAUUCGGAUCGAUCGGGUGAAUUCAUUACAAUGAGCUUUUCUCCCCACGAUCCCUGUUUCUGUCUGGCCGGCGAAGGUACCAACGGUAGCUGGAAGAUGGAGUAUCCCGAAAACUCCGAAUCCUUUAUCAACUUUCGAUGUGAUAGCGAAAUCACCUUUAGUUAUCGAUAUACCCACAUCAUGUACUGCAGUAAAGCCAUGGACCUUUCCAACGACGUGUCGUUGGCCGUGUCGCAGAAUGGCAUCCUGUGUAUGCUGUUUAAACUAGAGUCGUCUUCCCAUCAAGAUACAUAUGUGGAGUUUACGGUGCUUCCAUCUGAAACGAUUACCUCAUUAGGCAAUGCUACUGAGAUUUAAUUAUUUUCUUCCUCCGAGUUUGUGCGGAAAACCUUAAAAUAGCCUAGUCACAUCAACAUCUCAUCUGAACCCGCAUAAUUAGAAAAAAGUGUCAAGUUU